AUGUCUUUCACUCAAGCCUUUGUUUUGGUUCCUGAUAAGACCCUAGUCCGACGGCCCAAGGCCCAUAAGGUUACCUUGAUGGUGACUUCCGUCCGUCUCCGUUCUUCUCUGGCUCUCCCCUCCCGGCUGCCUAUCGUUAUCACACGCCCUCUCAUAGCGGAGAUCGGUGUUCGAUUCUCGGAUCUUCGAAAAGGAUCACGCGUUCCGAUCAGUACCCAGGCUCAGCGCCAUCUUCCUGUGGCUCUUAAGCCCGUUGCUCAACUUCCCAGCAUUGCAAAGUCCAUUUCUCAGCUCCCAAAGCCUCUGGUUGAGCGCCGAGAAGCACGACAGGGCCGGUCUCGUCCGUGGAUUCAACCUCUUAAGCAGGUUGCGCCCCGCCGGACGCAGAUUCAAACUCUCCUUGUUGUGGCUGGACGGAAGGUGCUCCCGGCUGGUGUCAUUGGCUUGGAGCGCUCUGUUGCUGCUACCUUGGCUCGGGGACGCCCGGUCAAGUCUGCUUUGGGCAUUGCGCCACCCAAGUCACGCCCAGUGUCCGUUGCUCGUGUUGUUGUUGCAGAUGUGAAGAAUCUUGAGAUGAAGGGGCCAUUCCUUACCGACAACUCCGGAGAAGCGGUUGUUAGUCUAUCCAAGAAACAUGUUUCAUUUGGAGAUGUAAACGUGUCAGAAGUUCCACGCUGGAUCAAGCUUGAAUUCGUUUACAGCCCUGGUCAUAUUGCCAUUUCUGAUACCUUGGGAUACAGGGGCACUGAAUUGGCUCUGUUGCUUCCAAAGUAUUGCUCAGAAGAUGCAUCUGGUUGCGGUCUCCAGAACUCCCGACGCCUUUCGGCUAUGAAUGCCCACAUCGAAGGGCAAUGUGCCAGCAAUGGCGAUUGUUCCUGGCACUGGGUCGCUACCCACCGAAGGUACUUCCCAGACGAACCACCGGAAGACUCAUUCCAACUCAUGUCCAAUAUUCGCCGGAACAUAUCUGGUGUCUAG